AGCGUUUCGCAAUUCACCUGUAGCUUUUGUGGCCUAUUGUGACUCUGCACCGUAAAAAGGCGACACACACGUAACAGUCCAAAAACGAACGCGCAACGAAAAAGUACAACCAAAGCGCGCUUUUCCAUUAACUACAAUAAAUUCCCAAUACCACCCCGCCUCGUUGAUUGUUGUUGCUGGCGACCUUAGUUUAGUAAUCAUAGAGUGCGUACGUCUGUGCAUGAUAGCAACAGUGUUUCCGCUGCGCUUGGAUAACUGAAGUUCUUAAAGCAAGCAAAAAAGUGCAGCAAUAUGGCAGCUGGUGGCUACGGCGGUUACGGCAAUAGAAAUCAUAUAAAAAAUUUCGGAUGUUUACGAACGGCUGUGCUAUGGGCCGCAAUACUCGGUGUGAUUCAGUCAUUGCUAUGGAUUGGCCUCACGAUUGUCGGCAUUAUAGCGUACACCUGUAAUAUGCCGGUCAACUCGCUCUUCACCUACGGUUCGCUGAUGCAGUAUGCUUUCUACACGCUUUAUUUUAAAGGAAAUUGUAUACCGGCCGACUAUCAACAAUUCGAUCACACGAUGUUGGAGUCGGUGGAAACUAUACUCUCCCCAGAGGAUUUGCUGAUUUGGAAUUGCAUCUAUUUGGCAGUGGCGGUGUGUUGGUGCAUAACAUCGGUGUUGCUAUUGGCAUUUGUGAGAAAAGACAACAUCACGUACACCAGCGCUGCCAUUUACUCUUGGGUUGUGACGAUUUUAUGCAUUAAUCUGAUGGAUCUAGCGCUGGGCAUUAUAUUUGGCAUUGACUAUGGCAACUUCAAUAAGAGAGCUUACGAUUACAAUCUGUCCAGCAUUAAUGCGGGCGAUAUUGAUCCCCAAGCGGCUCAGUUGGUGGCAGGUGGCGUGGCAGCAAUCUCUUUGAUGAUCAUCUCCUUCAAGGGUUUCGUGUUUUGGCUUAUCAAUUUCGGUUUGAUGUGCUAUCUCUUGUUGCUGGUUAUUCAUAUUGCCUACGAAAGGGACAACAGCGUGAACGAUAACUUAUUUAUGCCACCCAUGACUGAGAAGGAUGUUGAUGAUAUUAUGGUCGAUCGCUCACCAAUCAAGGCAUAUGGGGAAGAUGUUACGACUACCACAAAGGUGUACAGCAACGAGGCCUUCGUGCCGGAUAAUCGUUCUACGGUUACCGUUGAGUUGAAUCAAGAUGCUUUGGCACGUGCUGCCCGCAUGUCGUCGGACAUUUCAUUGCAGGGUCCGCGUUUCCGUAAUGUGGACGCUUAUCAACAAUAUCCGCCACCGAGAUUUAACAACAACAACAACAACAUUGCUGUAAAUAACAACAGUCAAUUCACCAAACAAGUGUCAAUAAAGGAAAACCUCAUCGUUACAACGACUCCGACAUCGCCUGGUGUGAUAUCACCAUUUCCCGUACCAGACUAUACGCCACCGAUGUCGCGCGCAAAUAACGGUAUAAUACGCAAUCAACGUUACUAGUGAAGUGAGUGUGCGCGUGUGGCUGUUCGAGAUGGUAUUUAAGCCAAAAACUUCACCUAUCUUUAUUCCGCCAAUUAAAUUAGUUUAAAUUAAGUGCCAUCAUUAGUAUAAUUCCGUUAUAAUAAAAUUCUCUCAUCUGCGUGCAACCGUACAUUGUAUGUAUGUAUGUGCGUAAUCUGCGUGCUGCUCAGCGUUCGAUUGUGGUAGAACGCCGCCAUUGCAUCUCGCUCUCUAAAAAUCAACCUCAACUCCUACAUAUCAUUUAACCGCGUAUCAGCUCUUGGCUACACUUUUGCUUUAUUGUAUAUUCGAUUGUUUUUCUACUCUCCGCAAAUCAUUAAUUCGUAUAACAAAGCACAACAAUGAACUUAUUUUUAGAAUGUAUUUAAUUGUACGAGUAUAUUUUUGUUUAUACAAUUGUAAAUAAUAAAUAUGCGCUAUCGUAAAUACUAUA